AUGAAUGGUGGGGGGAGGAUAGCGAGGUCGCCAUCUUAAAGCAAUUCGCGAUAGCCUCUCGUCGCCGGUGCGAAGCCGAGCUGUGUCGUCGUGGUUGUCGUUUUCGUCGUUCUCGUCGUCGCGAUCAGAGCUGAGCCGUAUUAGCCUGGCGAGCGUGUUAAACGCGAGCGCGAGCUCGUACGGCUCCGGUAGGUGAUAUACGCGAGAAAAAGAGUAGAAAGAGAGAAUUUGGGUGAGGAGAGACAGAAGUAUAUCUGUCGGAGGGACAGUUAAUCAGCGUUUAACGUCUCGUGCGGGAGACACUUAGGUGGUGCCAAUUCGACAUUUCAAUUUCUUUUCCUAUCCCGUGUCUUCCACUAUCUUGUUCGUGUAAUCGUGUUAUCUCUCUCUCUCUCUUUCUCUCUCUCUCUCUCUCUCUCUCUCUCUGUCUCUCUCUGAUCCUCACUUCCUCUUUCUCCCUCUUUCACUCUUCGUUUUCUUCCGAAUCCACGUCUACGAAUAUACAUACGCAUACGUACAUAUUACUUAGAAAGACACACACUGUCUCUCUUUCUCUCUCUCUCUCUCUCUCGUACACACACACACACGCAUACACACAUUUAACUCACAUACACGGAAUCGACACCUCGGUAGUGGCCGUGCGCCGAGUGGUACAUGCUGUUUGAGAGAGUGAUCACAGAAGGAAACGACGAACACUUGCUGACAAAUACGUUCGGUUUUGAAGAGUCGUCGACGUAGGGGAAGGAAAGUGACAGGAAGAAGGACGGCAGUAUGGCGGGACAAACGAUAAACGACAGGCUACUAGCUGCCAGACACAGCAUCGCUGGGCAAGGGCUCGCCAAGUCCGUAUGCAAAGCGACCACCGAGGAGAUGAUAGGUCCCAAAAAGAAGCAUCUCGAUUAUCUCAUUCAUUGUACGAACGAGCCAAACGUUUCGAUACCACAACUCGCUAAUCUUUUGAUAGAACGAUCGCAAAAUACAAAUUGGACGGUCGUUUUUAAAGCUCUCAUAACGGUGCAUCAUAUGCUUUGUUAUGGCAAUGAGAGGUUUACACAAUACUUGGCGUCGAGCAACAGCACGUUUCAGCUCAGCAAUUUCCUCGAUAAAAGCGGAGUACAAGCUGGAGCACGCGUCGGUUACGAUAUGUCACCGUUUAUCAGACGAUAUGCCAAAUACUUGAACGAGAAGGCUCUUUCAUACAGGACGGUUGCAUUUGAUUUCUGCAAAGUCAAAAGAGGAAAAGAAGAUGGCACGUUGCGUACCAUGAAUGCAGAAAAACUACUAAAAACUUUGCCUGUUCUACAAUCGCAAUUGGAUGCACUUCUAGAAUUUGAUUGUACAGCAAACGAUCUUACAAACGGUGUUAUAAACAUGGCAUUUAUGCUUCUAUUCCGAGAUCUCAUACGUUUGUUUGCCUGUUACAAUGAUGGAAUUAUUAAUCUCUUAGAGAAGUAUUUUGACAUGAACAAAAAACAAUGUCGAGAUGCUUUGGAAUUGUAUAAAAAGUUUCUCAUAAGAAUGGAUAGGGUUGGUGACUUUUUAAAAGUAGCAGAGGAUGUUGGUAUCGAUAAAGGCGAUAUACCGGAUUUAACGAAGGCACCGAGUAGUUUGUUAGAUGCGUUAGAACAGCAUCUUGCAUCAUUAGAAGGGAAAAAGGGCUCUGCUGCAAAUACGCCAACUCAAUCGGCAAGCAAUAGAACGAAUAUAAAGUCGGGAGUGUCCGCCCUGUCUUCCACCAGUACCGCAUUUGGAACGGCAGCUAGUAACGCACGGCUCGAUCAUACUGGAAAUGGACAUAUCGACGAAGCAUUGAGGCAACAAGCUCUUGCGGAAGAGGAAGCAGCGAUGAAUCAGUACAAGGCAAAAGUGCAAUCGCCCUCAGGUGGUCCAAGUACAAAUCCUUUCUUGAGUUCUCCUACCAACAAUGCCAAUCAGCCAAUAGUUGAUCUAUUUAGUGCAGCACCAGCAACGGAUAGCCAGCCACAAAAAGCAUCCGAUGAUUUGCUCCAACUGGCAGGAAAUCCUUUCGCAGAUAUGUUUGGUGCACCGCAACAAGCUCCUCCAGCACAGUCUGCACAAGUACAAAAUAAUAUGUGGAUGACCAACGGUAAUGGUUUUGCAGCGACACCAGCAAAUAAUAACUUUGUUACAGAUAAUAGCUUUUCCUCUGUUUUUGGAAAUCAGGAUCAACAGUCAACUGGUGCCCCAGGAACAGCCGGAUCCGUACCCAAUCCCUUUAUGUCCGACUUCCCAACCGCCGCUUCCCAAGCUAGCAAUGCAGCCGCUGCUCUAGGGCUGUUCGAUCAAAGCGGCGUUACUGCCGGUAGUAACGCUGGCGAAGCUCAAGCAGCAGCAGCAGCAACAGCAGCAGCAGCAGCGGCGGCAUCACAAAGCGGCGGAGACCUCUUCAGUGCCGGCGGUCAGGCAGAUCUCUUUGGGGGCGACUCUGCAAUGCUCAAGGCCGCAGAUGGGAGCUCUGGGGACGUCGCGGCCGGCGGUGCACAAGUACCGUCGGCCGUUGCGCCCUCGACUGCUCUUACCUCUGGCAAGUCCACUGCCACGCCGCCUCCCAGACCACCGCCUCCCGCGACAGCUACCAAUGGUACACCACGUGCAUUGUCUCCAGCUGUUAGCGGAGCAUCACCUGGUAGGCCAGCCUCGGGGCCUGCUUCAACUGCCGCCAAUGCAGCCCCGAGCAAGAGUGCAUUCGAUGAUCUAAAUGACAGUAUUCGCAUGGCACUGGGUGGGUCUCCGUCGCGACCGGCACCCCUUGCUCAGCACGCUCCUCCUACGCAACAGCAGCAGCAACAACAGCAACAACAACAACAACAACAGCAACAGCAACCAUCGCAACAACCCGUCCAACAGGGCUUCGCCAUGUUCGACAUGGGAAGUAAUAUGGGGGCCACUGGCCACCCGAUGAUGGCCGGUGGCCAGAUGGUUGGUUACGGUGUUCCUCCGUCGUCUCAAGUACCCCCUGUCGGCUAUGGUUCUCCGGCUAAGCAGGCAAUGUCAGCUGGACAAUCAGCAACUACCGCGGCAGCCAGUGGUAAAGUCCUAACUGGAGAUCUAGAUAGUAGCCUUGCCAGUUUAGCACAGAAUUUGACGAUUAAUAAGAGUACUCAACAGCAAGUUAAGGGAAUGCAAUGGAAUUCUCCAAAAAAUACGGCUAAAACCGGUGGUCCUGCUGGAUGGACACCACAACCAAUGGCAGCUACUACUGGCGCUGGAUAUCGUCCUAUGGGUCAAGGAAUGACGCAACUUCCUGCUACAACCACGUUGGCCUUUCCCCCACAGACAGCACCAUUGGGUAUGCAAGGUAUGCCAAUGGGCAUGCAAGGUAUGCAAGGUAUGAGGCCGAUGAUGGGUACAAUGCCAGGGCCCGCUGCUGGAGGUGGUGGUAUGAUGGUUGCGGGUGGAGCUGCCCCAAUGAUGAUGCCUAAUGCAAAUCCUAUGAUGGGUGCUAAUCUUCAGCAGCAGCAACCACAACCUGCUGCUGCUCAGCCACAAGGCAAUGCUGUUCAACUUGAUCCUUUUGGUGCUCUAUGAAGAGACUAGGAUUUCAAAUGGAAUGACGGAAAGGAAGCACCGAUUUUGUAAAUACUGUGUAAUAUGCUUAGAAAAUAUGCCCUUCUGAUUGAUAUCGAUCUAGGUUAAAUGCUUUUACCUUGAUCGACCUUCGAACUUCGUUCAAAACCACGCUGUUCGUCUCUCACUGUGAAUAUGGUCAAUAUUUAUAUCAUUCUUCUCGCGAUCAUUCGAUCUUAGAUUUGCUAUUUGUAUGUAACAAUUGCCUUGGAGUUUUCAUUGUUGAAUGUAAUAAAAAUUGUUCAAGAUAUGUCGGAUUGAGAUAUAAAAAUUGCGUUUAGAAUCGCACAUACGUAUAAAUGUAUAUGUGCUAUUGUAUAAUCGGAUUUUGAUUCGCAGGUUUUAUAUAUUUCUGCAAUUAUGGACAAAACAUUGCUCUGUGUAUUUUGGAAGCUUUAUAAUAAGUUAUUGCGCUAAAAGGAUGAAAUAUGACUUUUGUCCGGAAAAUAGAAAGAUGGAAUUCAGUGUGAUUCUAAACGUAUUGGAAGAUUAGAUUAGGUACAAUUGGCUGUUGCAUGUGUCUAUCUUACGUAAAAAUGAAAAAAAAAAAAAAAAAAAAAGAUUUCUCGAGCAAAGGCGAUAUUCAAAUAAUAGUUUACAUUGGGCAUCGAUCUAGCACAUCUGUGUAUCGUUAUAUUAUUCUUUUUUUAAAAUUCUUUUUUUUUUUAGAAAUCAUUGGUUUUGGUCCAAGUGGAGGUUCACAAUUAUCCUAUGUUAAAAGUAUUAAAUAAUAAUAAUAAAAUAAUUAUUAAAAUAAUUAAUAAUAAUAAUAAUGAUUACGUAAUGAGAUAUCAGGUGGCGAGAAUAUGCAUAUAUACGUAUGUGCAUGGAAAAUAAAAAAUUAUAAUAUGUAUAUAUGCGUAUAGAAUACCACAAUUCUAUCGAGUUCGAAGGAGAUAAUAAUGAUGAGAACGAAGAAACGAAUAGAGGCGUAUUUCAUAAAUGUUCUCUUUAUUGUACUAUUCCGAAUAUCUUAAUUAGAUAGUUCGUUAUUAUGUAUACAAGAUUAAUCUUAAUUUAAUUCUUUAGAUCUUAAGAAGAUAUAUAUAUAUAUUAAAAAAAAAGAAAAGGUUACACAUACAAUGUUCGCAAAAUUAUAAAUGUAUUCUGAAUAAGUGAUUUAGUAUAAUAUACUAUAUAUAUAUGCAUAUAUACAUAGUCAAUACGAAUACUGUCGCAAAAGGUCUAAUUGAAAUUUGCUCCGCGUACGCAGUUGACUGUAGGUGAAUAAUAUAAUGUUGUUCACAGAGAUUGAUGAACAUUUUUUACUAUUCUUUUCAUUGUUCUUUCUUUCGCAUGUAUUGAUAAAUAUAUAUUAUUUUUCCUGAAAUAAUAGUCAAGAUAUGAUAUUAAUUGCAUACGCCGAGUGAAUGUUCUAUGUAAAAAGAUGUUGCCGUGUACAGUGAUAGAGUAUGAAAAAAGUAGUAUUGACGAUCGAAGCAGCGUACAGUGCUAGUCUAUCUUUAUGCAAGAAGAGAUUUAACGCAGUGCAAUUUUUUGCAAGUGGGAAGACCAAAAUUAUAUGAAUGGAUGAUAUUCUGAUACUGAAAUGUGUAGCUGAUAGAUACAUGGCAGGUUCUGCUUGGCUUAUUAUCAAAUUAAUUAAAAAUUUUCAUCGUAAAAAAAAGGAAAAAAAAGAAAAGACGAAGAAGAAGAUCGCAAUUAUCAGGAAAGAAUAGAUUGAAUUUUUUAAUUAAAUUUUGUAUUAUUAAUUUUACGUUAUAUAUAUAUAUAUAUAUAUAUAUAUAUAUAUAAAAGUAAAUAUACACAUAUAUAGUAUCUCGAUAAUCGCGAACUUCGUUAAUAAAAUUAGCUUAAUCGAAUUCUAUAUUAUAUUUAUUAUUAUUAUUAUUUUAAUUAUUAUUAUUGUUAAUGUUUAUUUAGAAAGGAAAAUUUGUCGAAGAACUUUGUCUUGCACUAUUAGCUGCAGAUUUUCUGUGACUGUCAAUAUGAUCUUCCUGUCUUAUUGCUUAUAUAUAUUUCGGUCUCCUUUAAUAUUCAUUCGAUUAUAUGUAUAUAUAUAUAUAUAUAUAUAUAUAUAUAUAUAUAUAAUUUAUAUUUUUUAAACUACUCGUUUAUAUUAAAAUGAGAUAUGUAGUUAUCAUAAUUUAGGAAAUGUCAGUUUGCUUUAUUUCUUAGCAUUUUUUUUAUAUCGUAGAAUUUCCUCAAAUAUCAUUUAAUAGGCAAUCCAGUACUAAUCAUGAAAAAAAAAUAAGUUGAAUUGUAUAUUUCAUAUAAUUUGUACAGAAAAAGAGGGAGAGGGGGAGAGGAAGAGUGAGUGAAUGAGUGAGAGAGUGAGAGAGAGAAAGAGAGAUAGAAAGCGUCAUUAGAUGUCAUAUAAAUUAAUUACUUGUCGUUAGUAAUUCAUGAUCGAUGAAUUUAAAGUUUUGAUUUAUAAUUCUAUUUUCUUCUUUUUUUCGGCUUCUUGUACAUCAACACGAUCAUUAUUUCUAAAGACUUUGUUAAUGUUUAUUAUAUGUCGUUCAUAGUUGUAAGAACUUCAAGGCACGUACUGAACUAUCUUAAAUUCUAUAUUUGGCGAAAUCGGUGGAUUGUUAACACUAUAUAUAUAUAUAUAUAUAUAUAUGUGCACAUAUAUACACACAUACAUACAUACAUACAUACAUACAUACAUACAUACAUACAUACAUAUAAACACAUACACACACACUUAUAGUGUUAUAAAAAUAUAUAAAUAUACGUAAAUAUAAAACAUACGUAUAUAAAAUUUGCUUAUGAAAAAAUAUAUAGAUUCAUUUAAGUUUCUAAACAAAAAUCUGCUUUGAUAUAGGAAUGUGCAUUGAUAAUGAAUAAAAUAUAUAGAGCGAGUGAAACGAAUAUGUGUAUGUGUGUGUAUGGGUGUAUGUAUGUGUAUAUGUAUGUAUGUACGUAUGUAUGUAUGGAUGGAUGAUGUAUGUAUGUAUGAUGUUUGAUGUAUGUAUGUAUGUAUAUAUUUUUCCGAACGUAGUAAAUUAUUUUCCAUCAAACGAUAUUAGUUUUCUCUUGUUUUUAUAUAUUUUUGUAUGAUGUGGGAAAAGGAAUAACGAAUGUGACGACAAUUAGUUUGUAAAGUAACAGUUGCGGGCCAUGCUAUAUAUACAUAUAUAUAUAGUAUAAUAUAAGAAAAUAUCUCCAGUAGGUUUAGCACAGUAAUUAAGUAACUUUCCUUUUUUUACGUUUCUUGAAUCCAAUAAUUAUACGGGAUGUCGUUGAAAAGAAGUAAGUCAAUUUUUAUUAAUGUAAAAUAAAACAAGACACGAUCGAUGAGUUAAAUUUAAUGAAAAAUCUAAGAAGAAAAUUUCCAUAUUACAUCGAUAUCUAACAUUACUAAUAUUUAAAAUAAUCUAAUAUAUCGAUAAAAUUUAUCUGGUCGAUCAAGUCUGUUCUAUUUCAUAUUGAUUGAAAUUGUUUAUCAUUGUUUCAAUUUUUGUCAAGUAUACUUUGUAAAAAGCGAAAGCGAUCGAGUACCAGACAUUCUUGAAUUUUUUCCUUGGUAGAUGAUAAAGGAAAUAAAGGGAAAAAUAAAAGAAGAAAAAGAAGAAUUACGAUUUGAAAUUUAUGUAUCUAGAAAGAAAUGAAUGAAAAUAUUGUCUAGAAAUCUUUGCCAAGUUUAUGUUUAGGUGCUAUCGUGUGACGUCUGUUAAAGUGUCUUAUCGUAAUAAAUCAUUUCUUCCUUUUAUUGCGUUAAUUCUAUUGGAAUUUUCGAAUUUAGGGUUUCUUUCUUUCUUUUUCAUUUUUCUGGAACGGACACUUUUUACAGGCGUCAACGAAACAACGAGACAGUAAAAGGGAACACCAUUGAAAUAUCUCGUUCGAGAUUGAUUUGUUCACAAUGUUUUAGCAACAAACAUAUCUCCUGUAUGAUUAGAGAUUAUGUAUAUCGAAUGUUCGUCGAGUAUUCUUUUGAAAGAAAUAUCGCAGUGCGUUCCUUUGUGAAACAUUAGAAACUUCUUAAAUCGGUAGAUAGACAAUCGGAAAAGUAUUAAAACAUACAAAAACUAUAGAGAUACAUGAGUAACAUACUUGUUUCAUUAUCGACCAUCGCGUAUCGAUUUCACGGGUAGUCCUAUCGAGAUAUGAGUUCGAUCAUCGUAUUAUAUGUUAAUUAGACGACGAGUAGUUAUAUUAGGAUCGAGAUGAACGUAAGGAAGAUCGCAGGUCGAUCGUUAGAUGAUAAUAGUGUACUGAUUCUUUAACUUAAACAGUCAUGUUCUUAAAGACUGAAGAAUGUAAACGGGAGUAAUCUUCAUCUUUAAUCUAUAGAAAAAGAAAAGGAAAAAAUCGCGAAGACGAGAGAAACGACAAUUGCGUGAUAAAAUUGUUGGAAGAUCGCUAUUGUGUGUCAAUCGACGAACAUUGAAAAGAAAUUUCAUUUUCGUAGAAAAAAGAUUUUCUACGCGUACACAUUUUUUUCGAGAAAAGAUUAUAAGGACAACGAUAAGAAAUGAAAAAAAGAAAAAAAAAGGAAAUAAAAUGAAAUAAAAAAAAAAAAGAAGAAAAAGAAAAAAGAUAAAAGACAAGAAAGUAUCAUCGAAUGUUUCACUCG